AUGGGACCCGCCGCCCAGCCUCGAGUUUCCGAAGCCUAUACGACCGCUGGUAACCCGGCCGAAAUCAACCCGGCCGAGGAAGCCGCCGCAUCCAAACAAACGCGCGGGGGACCGGUCGUUCAGAAGCUGGGGCCUGACGAUGGUCCUGACAAGAAUGACGCCUUGCCCUCCUCUCUCGGACAGGGAGUCACGCCCUCUGGCCAUAGCGACGGCAGGGGUGUGAUCGGUGGCGAGAGGUCUUCCCAGCAGGUGAAGCAAAACGAGAACGUCGAUGCCGAGCAGCUGGCGACGUUGUCAGAGGGCAAGGUUGCGGACGCAGUGCAGAGGAAGAGCGGGACACAGAGGCAUGGCGAUCAGGACGCGCACUCUGACGACUACGCCGCCGAUCUCGACAGGAAGAAGGCCGAGCAGGCGGAGGCAAGAGAGGCCGUGAAGGAGGAGAGAAGAGCUGGGCAGGGGUUCGAUGAUGGCAUGGGGGCUGGGAGAUCUGGGGUCCAGGUUGACUGA